UCGAAGCUGAGGCUCCGGUAUUGGAAUCCCAGGCCGGAGGCUUCUGUGCUGUUGGAGAUCUUCUACCCAGACUCUCGCGGCGUGAACGUCUUCGUAGGACAGGGAUGGGAUGUUGCGAAGAAGAGCCCGACCGGAAACCCAAAUUCGGGGCUAAACCCAAAGCACCUGCUCCCCACAGCCAGCGGCAAACAUAACUCUGAUGGCCCGAUGGGGUCUCGGAUCCCUCAUGUCCGCAGCAGCCCUAGCACUGAUGCAGCCCGGAAGGAUCUCGUCAUCCGGCGCACACCCACGGUGAAGCUGAAGAUGAACAUCGAGAUCAGUAUCGUCGAGUUCAAUGGGCCACAGUUCCAGACGAACUUGGCUAUUCUGCUUGGAAUUCCACCCGAGCGUAUUUCUGUGGCAUCUGUUGCAGCCCGGCGUCGGCUGAAGCUGGUGCAGACCACUGCGGACGACUCUGACGCGUCAGUGUGCACGGCGGAGGGGAUCUGCAAGACGCCAGGCCGACGUCUUGCCGCCGUGGACCUCACGGACUUGGACAUCUCCAUCGAACCUUCCAAGGAUGCUGCCGCAGCAGCUUCUGGAGGAGACGCAGAGAGCCAAGGCGCAGAGGCGUUGAAUGCCCAGGCGGGAGAGCUUGGCGAGGUCUCUUCGAAUCUCCAGUCGUUGGCCUCGGGCUCCGAGCUGGCAGCUGCAGCCGGCGGCGAGGUCACUGUGAGCGACCUCGAAGUUCCUGAGAUUCCCGACGAGGCCAACAACGAGGAGGUGCCCAGCGCUGAUGAAGUCGCCGAAGUCGAGAUCGUGGAUGUCACCGCCACGGCUGCCUCGUCUGCCGCUGCAGAGGUCACUGUUGGGCUCACCAGCGGCAUUGCCUACACUCAGGUGCAACGCCGGCAUCCUGAAGGGCAACGUGGCGGCUUGCCAGCCCGUGGGCUGCGCCGAUCCCGUGGACGUGACGGUGGGAACAGCUACGGCGUCUGUGAGCCCACCAGCCAACAUGGCCUCCGGCAUUGUCUCCUCAGUGGAGUGCAGCACCGUGAACUCCUCGUACACCGGCAACUUCGAGCUGAGCUGCUCUAUGGGAACUCUCUCCUACGAUGUCUCGUGGGGGAGGAAGGAAAUCGCUUCCACAAAGAAGGCAACUACAAGCGUGCCCUGGGAGCGUACCACAAGGUGUUCUGCUUCGUGAACGGCUUGGUGCCACCACCUGCGGGUCAAAAGGACGCCUCGCAGGAUCCCGGUGGCCUUGGCAGCAACCAGAUUCCCCAAGACCGCGUGGAGGACCUGAAGAAGCUGAAGCAAGCUACCCGACUAAAUAUGGCAGCCUGCUACCUGAAACUUGGAGACUUCCACAAGUGUGUCGAAGCCUGCACUGCGGCGCUCGACUUUGGUGCCCACACGAAGGCGUACUUCCGACGGGCGCAAGCCUACGUGGAGCUCAGAAACUUGAGCGACGCGGAGGCAGACCUUGGUAAAGCGCGGUCUUUGGCGCCUGAGGACGCCAGAGUCCUUGCGCUGCUGCGCCAAGUCCGCCGAUCCAUGAAGCAGGGCGACGCGGAAGAUCGACAACGCUAUGCUGGCAUGUUCGGCAAGCCGGCAUCGGAAGAGCCUCCUGCAGAGGCAUCGGAACAGGCUCCCGCAGAGGAACCAGCUCUGCCGGAGGCCGUGCAAAAGGAGGAGGCCCCUUGCACUUGCACUGCAGACCCGCUGGAAGCUCCGACCCCGGCGCGCGCGGAGCGCCGGGCGGAGGCGCGCGACCUGGGCGAGGCGCACGAUGAGGCCAAGAAGCUGGAUCGCGCCGUCCGAGAACUAACCUACGCCUGGCAGCAGACAGACGCGGAGGUAAAGGUUUACGUGUCCUUCGACCAAGCCGAAGACCUCUCUGACGUGACCGAGUCGCAGGUGCAAUCAGAGUUCGGCGAGUGGAGCGCGAGCUUGCUCAUCAACGUUGACAGAGGGGUGCCCUUUGGCCUGCGCCUGGCAGACUUUCACCGCCGGGUAGACCCGCAGAGGUGCAAGUGCACUGUGCGCAGCAGCCGGAUAACGUUGAAGCUCGUGAAGCAAGAGCCGGAACACUGGUGGAACUUGCUUCAGAACUCCUCACCCGGUUAG